AUGUCAGAGGCAUACGCUCGUGAAGUACUUCGAAGGAAUGUUGCGCAAAUAUGUCAAACCAUAGGAUGGAAUGGAAUAAAUUCAACCCCACUGGAUAUUUUAGUUCAUGUAUUAGAAAAAUAUAUAUGUGCAUUGGGAACACAAGCUAACAAACAUGCUGAGCAAUUUAAUAGGACUGAACCAACCUUAGACGAUUUAGGAUUAGUUUUUCGUGAUCUUCAUGUACAGUUGCCAGAGUUGGCAGAAUAUACACGCUGUGUCCCACCUGUUCCACCUCCUGUCCGAACAGAAAGAUUUCCAAAACCUAAAGAAUCUAACCUGAAUUUUCUUAAGCCUGGUAGCCAUGAAGUUGUUACAAGACCAAUGCAUGUCCAUGAACAUUUGCCACCAAUGUACCCUGAAAAAGAGCGAGAUACUCCAGCUGUUGCUGGUACUGUUGAGAUUUGUCAGAAUGGUUUUGAUGGUGUUGAAAACACUUCAUGUGCAAGUCCCGAAAUAUCAGUUACAGAUAGUCCAGAAAAAUCUAAGGAUAUUUUCAAGAGACCUAAUGAUCCAGUGUCGUUACCUAAUAGUAAACGACCAAGGUUACGACUGGAUGAGGAGGAAAGAACAAGAGAAAUAAGCAGUGUAAUGAUGACUAUGUCUGGCUUCUUAUCACCUGCCCGUGAAGGAAAACUUCCAGAAGCACGUCCUCCAACGAUAAUUUCUGAAAAACACCAUGAUAGACAUAAAGUUAAUUCUCAUCAUAGUAAUACUGCAAAAGUACCGUCAGCAGAAAAAUCUGAUAAGAAGACAAAGAAAAGUAAGUUAUUAAAUGGAAAAGUUAUGAAAAGUAAAAGAAAAGAUAAAAGUCAUAAAGGAGAAAGUAGUAAAUCUAGGGAUAAUAGUAAAUUAGAUAGGUAUCCACCUGGAUAUCCUCCUCAACGAAGUAAAGAUAUUCAUCCGGCCCAUCAUAAUCAUGUGACAAUGCCAGCGCCGAAGAUGUUUCCACCGCCUCUAAAACCUGUACCGCUUCCACAAUCAGUACCAUCUUCACCAGCUAUUACUGAACCCUUGAGACCAGUUAUUAAACAAGAACCAAUUGAUUUUCCUUCACCUCAACCUAUUUUAAAAAGCUUUAAACCACCUGAAGAUGCAAUACCCGUACCAAGAAAAAUCCCAAUUUCCAAAUCCCCUCUUGUCUCAAACCCACUCUCUGUAAAUAAACAACCUGGGUCCUCUUUUAUACCAGAUAGAGAAAUAAAAAAGGAAGUGGUGGAUGAAGAAGAAAAACUGGCAUCCCAGCCAGAUAGAUCAAAGAUUAAUAUAUUUAAAAGAAUAUCGAACAAAUCAAAAGAAGAUAAAAAUAUUACUGAGGUUGUAACUGAAAGAUUACAUUCUGAUCCUAUAAUAUCAAGAUUGCAGAAUUCCACUAAUGAUGAACCUAGGUUAAAACCUCAUGAAAACAUUGUUAAUAAUAACAAUAGUAGUCCAGUAGAUUUAGCAAAAGAAUUUGACAUAAGAGCCCAUGAAGUUAUAGAUAUUGAUGACGAUUCUUUGGAUAAUAAUUUAGCAAUGCCUCCAACAAGGAUGUUGCCAUUUGAGCCAAAGCCGGCUUUAUCAAUAAAUAAAUCUUUGCAAGCUGCUCUUCCUAAACAUUUGACUGAAACACCAAAAGUAAAAAAAGAAAAGAAACACAAAGAUAAGAAAGACAAGGCUGCCAAGCUAGAAGCUAAAUUAAAGAAACAACAACAACUAGCAUUUGAAAUGGUGCACACAGCAGAUAAAAAAAAUAUAAAACUACUAAAUGACAAACCAUCAAAACUUGGACGACCAAAGAAAGAGUCUAAAGUGCCUCAAUUACCACCUGGAUUUCCCUUUUUUCCAACAAUGGCCCCUGGUCGAGGUAUGAUGCCUGGUCCAGGGCUAAUUCCAAAUGCCGGUCUACUAGGUAAUGAUUUUUUAACUGGUUUAGCUAAUAAUCCAGCUUUGCGAGGCCUGCAUUCACAAAAUUUAAUGAGCAAUCCAUUUGCUUUAGGUGGAGGGCCCGGAUUGAUACCAGGGCCAAGUUUUCUACCAGGGUUGCCUAAUCACCUUAUACCAAAUAUGGGCAAUUUUCCACAUACUUCAAGAUCAUCUUCAAGUAAGAUUCCUACAAUGUUUAGAAGGCCAAGUUUAGAAGUUAUAGCUGUUGACAAUGAUGAAGAUAGAAUGAUGCAUAAAUCACCUGGAAUGGGCCAUGAAAAAGAUCGACAUGACAAGCACAAAUCAUCAACCAUUCCAAAUAUUUUACAAAAACAAAAAGCAAAGUCAAAUAAAGAACACAAAUCUAAUGUCUAUAAAAUGCCACCAGUGCAACCUGAUAUAACAAUAGAAUUAAAUCCACCAAAGUCUGAACCAGUUAGACAAGAGCCGCCUAAAGAACUACCUGUACCACAGCCAGUCAGGCUACCAACGCCAGAACCGUCUGUAAGUAUAAAGAACUCUGAGCCUACACAAGAUAUUGAACCAAUUCCCCCAAAACCAGAAGAUUUAGCUGUCAUUACUAGAGAAGAAGGUGAAAGUUCAGAAAAGAGAAAGGAUAAAUCUCAUAAAAAGGAAAAAAGAGAUAAAGAUGGUGUUAAAAUUAAGAAGAAAAAAGAUAAAAAGGAUAAAAGUAAAGAAAAAUCUGAAAAGAAAAAAGAUAAAGAAGAAAGACAAGAGAUAAAGGAUAGGAUUAAAAAAGAAAAGAAGGAGAAAAAGAAAGAAAAGUUAGCUACUAUUGAUGGUCUAGUACCAAAAUUAACUCUUAAAUUGGGAUCUUCAAAUUCAAACUCUCCUAUGCCUCCAAGUUCUCCUGAUACUUUUAAGUUAAACAUUAAACCUAUAAAAAGAGAAGAUGAUUCACCUAUGAAAGAGGAACCAGUAUCGCGUGAACAUAGUAGAUCACCCGAACUUGCACAGAUCUCAGCACUGGUCACACGGCCACCAAAACAGAAAAAUUCUAAAAACAAUCAUGUUGGAGAACCAGAAGCUCAAGCAUCAUCUUCUCCUCCGGCUUCACCGCAACGAAAGAAUCGACCCCCAUCAAGUCAUUCUAAGUACAAGAGAAUAUUAUUUAAGCCUUUGUCUAAAAAAGGGCAUGUGGAAAAUUUUGAUGAUGAAACAGGUUCAGUUACAGAAGAAGGAUCACAACCAGCUGUAGAUAAACCAAGUGGCCCCUUGCCUACUCCAUAUUAUGUAGAUGAACAUGGAAACAAAGUUUGGGUUUGUCCAGCAUGCGGCAGGCCCGAUAAUGGUUCGCCUAUGAUAGGGUGCGAUGGUUGUGAUGGCUGGUACCACUGGAUAUGCGUCGGGAUUACAGAAGAACCUGGCGCAACAGAGGACUGGUUUUGUAAAUCUUGUCUUGCUAAGCGAACAGCAAUGUUACUAGCAGGGGUAACGUCGGGGAAGAAAAGAGGUAGGAAACCAAAAGGGGAAAAAGUCAGAGACUGUCAUUGA